AGGGAGAGAGAAGGGAAGGGGGCGGUGCUGCUAUGAAGUCGGCCUUGGAUCCUCGUCGAGUCUCCAGUUUCUUUGCCAUGUGGUUGAUUUGAUAUCAGAUUGAUGGUUUCUUCUUCGGAAAUGGUGGGGGAUUUGAGCUAUCUUGUGGGGUAAGGGGUUAGGGUUCUUCCGACGGAUCUCGAAUAGGGCCGGAACUGCCGUGGAGGAAUGUUGACGAUGGAGUGUGGAGUCGUGAUCCCUUGGGUUCUAAGGCUAUUGCUGGUGUUCCGCCCUCUGUCUAGGGUUCUCGCGAACCUGGAAGGUGAUGCAUUACAUAGUUUAAGGACAAACCUCAAUGAUCCAAACAAUGUUUUGCAGAGUUGGGAUCCAACUCUUGUCAAUCCAUGUACAUGGUUUCAUGUUACAUGUAACAAUGAAAAUAGUGUUAUCAGAGUUGAUCUUGGAAAUGCAGCAUUAUCUGGUCAACUGGUUCCUCAACUUGGUCAACUAAAAAAUCUGCAGUACCUGGAAAUCUACAGUAAUAACAUUAGUGGGACAAUACCUGUUGAACUUGGGAAUCUGACAAACCUUGUGAGCUUAGAUCUGUACUUGAACAAUUUCACUGGUGUAAUACCUGAAACACUGGGGAACCUCGCGCAGCUCCGCUUCCUUCGACUUAAUAACAAUAGCUUGUCAGGUCAAAUUCCUCAGUCUUUGACAAGCAUCAACUCACUCCAAGUUCUGGAUCUAUCGAACAACAAUUUAUCAGGAGAAGUUCCAUCAACUGGAUCUUUUUCCCUAUUCACUCCCAUCAGUUUUGCUAACAAUCCUCUGUUAUGUGGAUCGGGUACCACAAAGCCUUGUCCAGGCUCUCCUCCAUUUUCUCCACCACCUCCAUUUAAUCCUCCUGCACCAAUAACUUCACAAGCAGGAAAUGGUGUCUCCAGCACAGGAGCAAUUGCUGGAGGAGUUGCAGCUGGUGCUGCUUUGCUGUUUGCAGCACCUGCAAUUGGAUUUGCAUGGUGGCGUCGUCGUAAACCACAAGAACAUUUCUUUGAUGUACCUGCGGAGGAAGACCCAGAAGUUAAUCUUGGCCAGCUUAAGAGGUUUUCUUUGCGUGAAUUGCAAGUUGCUACCGACAGCUUCAGCAACAAAAAUAUUCUUGGUAGAGGUGGGUUUGGGAAGGUCUACAAGGGACGGCUUGCAGAUGGUUCAUUAGUAGCAGUAAAAAGAUUGAAAGAAGAGCGGACACCAGGAGGGGAGCUUCAAUUUCAGACAGAAGUCGAGAUGAUUAGCAUGGCAGUACAUCGGAACCUGCUUCGUCUUCGUGGGUUUUGCAUGACACCAACUGAACGGUUGCUUGUCUACCCAUACAUGGUUAAUGGAAGUGUUGCAUCUUGUUUGAGAGAGAGACCUCCAUCUCAACCUCCACUUGACUGGCUAACUCGAAGACGAAUUGCACUGGGAGCUGCAAGGGGCUUGUCAUACUUGCAUGAUCAUUGUGAUCCAAAGAUUAUUCAUCGUGAUGUCAAAGCGGCUAAUAUUUUGUUAGAUGAAGAAUUUGAGGCUGUUGUGGGGGAUUUUGGUCUGGCCAAACUCAUGGACUACAAGGAUACACAUGUUACAACUGCUGUCCGUGGAACAAUUGGACACAUUGCUCCUGAAUACUUGUCCACUGGAAAAUCUUCGGAAAAAACUGAUGUCUUUGGAUAUGGAAUCAUGCUUUUGGAGCUCAUUACUGGCCAAAGGGCUUUUGAUCUUGCUAGGCUUGCAAAUGAUGAUGAUGUCAUGUUGCUCGACUGGGUGAAAGGACUUCUGAAGGAGAAAAGGCUAGAGCUGCUGGUGGACCCAGAUCUUCAGAAUGACUACAUAGAGGUGGAGGUGGAGUCACUUAUCCAGGUUGCCUUGCUAUGCACACAAGGCUCCCCUGUGGAUCGUCCCAAAAUGUCAGAAGUCGUGAGAAUGCUCGAAGGCGAUGGUCUUGCCGAGAGAUGGGAGGAGUGGCAGAAAGUGGAGGUGGUUCGCCAGGAGUUUGAAAUGGCCCCUCAUCGCAACUCCGAAUGGAUAAUUGAUUCUACCGACAAUCUUCAUGCGGUUGAAUUAUCUGGUCCAAGGUGAUAAAUACGACAAAAGUAGAAGAAAAUUUGCUGUCUAUUCCUGGGCCUCGCAUAUUCUAGACGCCCAUUCUACGUCCAAUCCAACUUCAGCUGUAUAUCUAUGGAUUUGCUUUCUCGUGUUUGCUUUCCCCCUUCUCUUCAGCCACAUUGGUACUGGCUUACCGUAUAUGCUUAUGUUGCAUCAAUCUUUUCUCUUGUAUGAAUCCAAGUACUGCAACAAACUGUGAACUAGUGUAGUUUGUACUUUUCUGUGUUUAGUCCACUUAAGUUUCAGAUAUCUAGCAAGCUUUGUAGA